GAUAGAGCAUCAUAAUUCUAUCUGCAGGACGGGCCGGUGUGUGAGUGCGAAGACCUGAGCCUGAGUUGAAUUUCUUCUAUUUGUAAUAUAAUGGAUGGUUUGAAGAACCCAGCGAUUGAUGUUGUAAUUCUUUAGAAUGCACUAACUGGACAAUAAACCAAGAUGGAUUUUAAUAGGAUCCUGUCCCUCUCACUUGGCCUUGUUGCUGGGAUAUUGUUUGCUAUCGUUUGGAGCAAAUACGAAGAUUUCUCAUCUGUACUGGACACCAAACUCCAAUCUUACUCAGAAUCAAACUCUGGUGAAAGCCAGGGAAAAGGGAAUAAAGACCAAAGAAAUGACAGAAUCAAUGCAUUCCUCCAUGGGCAGCGUACAAACACUGGCAAUCAUCAAGCAGGAGUCGCAACAAAUGCAUUGCAAUAUGGCGUGAAUGGAAAAUGUUUUUACUUCACGUUUGAUAAACCAGUGACGAAUCCCGGCAUGGGAUCCCUAAAGACGGAAGAACAAAUUGAGAUUGCAAGUUGGCAGAUGUUUGAUCCGCAAUAUGAUGCCAAUAAGUUGAAGUCUGCAUUAUCAGUCUUUUGUGUCAUCACAGUCGGGGGUUCGGGUAUACCAUCGUAUGGUAAAACCUUGUUUCAGUCGUGGACGUCACACUGUAAUGACUUUGUCAUAUUGAGCGAUACCGAUGAUGAGAAAUAUAAUGUGAAGAAUGCCCAUCUACCCGAUGGGCCUGCAAAGUCAUGGGAGAGGACAAAGAACGUCAUGAGUUACGUUGUACAAAAACACCCAAAUUAUGAUUGGUAUGUAAAAGUUGAACAUGAUGUCUUCUUAGUCUUGGAGAACUACCGCUACAUGCUUCUCAUGCAUCAGGCGUACAUGCCAGGAUUUGCAGGGCACGUGUUAACCGGGACCAACCAGCGUGGUUCGAUCGUAGCUCUGAGCAAAGACGCAGCCAUCCAAGCUGUGAAGGUCUUCCCAAAGUGUGGCAGUCUGUACGGAGGCAAGGAGGACUUCAGAGAGCUUGAAGCAUGCCUUCGUCAAGCUGGGAUCAGUUCCCGUCAAGAUGGUCGUGAUGGCAAAGGUAUCAGUCGUUUCCAGAUGGUCCUUGUGAAACCUUCAUUACCUCUCAAUGCUCACCAAUCUUUAGACUGGGUGUGGAGGUACAUCGAUAAGCCAGAGAAGCUGGGAGAUGAAGAAUGCUGUAGAGACUAUCCUGUAAGUUUUCAUAACUUGAGCCCAAAUGGUCUUUACCUGAUGAAUUACAUGGUGUACCAUAUGAGACCGUUUGGAAUCGGGAACUAUGUCUGCCCAGCAGAACAGGAUAAGACAGCAUAGAGAGUUCUUAAGACACUCCAGAUAAUUCACCGUUUGCCUACAGAUCGAUCUACCAGCCGUCUGUUCCAUGCAUUAUUGAGUAUGUUUUUUUUCUUCCCACUAUCAGGUAUGAUCUGUUUCAUCAGCAUUUCCAUUGGACAAGGUGUCAGAUAGACAGCUUUCCUUGAUUUUUGAUUGGCUGAGGAGCACUUUUACCAUGGCAACUGUCAGAUGAAACGUCUGACAAGUCCUUUCAUGACAUACUCCCCUAUAGAGGUUGAAUCCACCCCACACCAAAAAUAAUGAUAAUACAUGUAGCUGGAUAUUUAAAGCACUUUUUGCCUGAGGAUACAAAGCGCUUCUAUUACUACCCCAGCUGUAGCCACGCUGCCUACAGGUAUUUGAGGAAUUUCUUUAUACUUGGUACUCGCCUCACCUUGGUUGAGUGUAGCACGAUGUGGGUGAAUUUCUUGCUGAAGGAAAGUAUGCCAUGGCUGGGAAUCGAACCUACAUUUGAAGACGAGAGUCGUAACCACUAGACUAAAAGGCCCCCACAAGUCAGUUUCAGUAAUAUUAACUCCAGAAACAGCACUGAAAAAUUCAUCAAAAUCAAAUAUUGCAUGUCAAAGUUGUGACACUUAAAGCGGCAUAUCAACUAGUUUUAAAAGAGGGCAUAGCGUUUUGGCUGUAAAUUCAUUUUGGGGAAGGGCAUUGCGACCAGUCGCAUCUACAUGCAUGGCAGUCAAUGAAUUUGCAACUGUUGGAUUGAUGAGUUUAACCUAUAAAAUUGGUGUUUUUACUUUGAUUUUCCCCAAAAGAUUUUUCCAAAGCAAGGGGAGAUUUUCCAUUUAGUACCUUCAUUUUAUGAAAAUGUGCAUAUAUUCCAUAGAAAUUUACAAUGUGAUAAAAUGAUGAUUAUAUUAAUUUACCUAAGAUGGCCUUAUAUAUAUUGUAGAAAUGCUUUAACAGGCUUUAACAUGUUUAUAACAGGUAUCAAAACAGAUAUUGGUCAAUCCAAUAAUAGAUUCUGGAAUUCUGGAAAUAGUAUUUAGGAUAAAAAAAUUUGACUGAAAUAUACAACAAGUGGGUCUGCUCACAAGACCAGCACAUAUAAUACUUGAUGAGAGCAAGACUAAAGCAGACUACAUAAACCUCCCUGCUCUGAAGAUGGGCUCACAGGCCUAAUUCAUUUCCCAUAGACUCGUGUGUUAAAGUGGCACUUAAAAAGAAUUCAUAAAAAAUAAGGAGGAAAUUCGAGGGUUGAAUCAGCAUUUAUGAAGACUACACCUGACAGGAUCAAAUUCAUCACUUGAGAGAGUAAAAUGACCCUAAUUCUUCCGCCAGUAAAAAUAUAGUUCCAUAGUGGUGAUAUAUCUUUCCAAUUUGGAAAAAGUAAGUUCAGUAGGUACCCUCCCUAGAAUCGGUGUUAGAUUGUCAGUCAUAUUCAUUCAUUUUUGUCAUUCAGCAAAAUCAAAUUUAAAAAUUGAGCAUGGGUUGGGUCGAAUGAAUAUCUUUUGCCUGCCAGUUGUGAUUAAGCCCGUGCAACCAGAUACUGCUGAUGUUGGAUCAUUAAACAAAUGUGGAGGCAUAUGGUGUGAGGUGCAAACAUGUGUACAGUACCCUUCUUUUAGACCCCAUUCUCAUUUACUUUUUUGAACUGGUUUUCCAUAAACCAGUAAAGAAAACCAGUAUAGAAGAUUGCUUUUGUAUUACAUCUUCAUCACCAUCUCCUGAACUGGUAUCCAAAACAACUUAACUCAAAGUGAUCUUUUUGCUAUGGGAACGCUCUUGGUGUAGUCACUUGUUUCACACGACAUUGGUUUCGAAGAUCACCUACGAUCCCUCCCAAGCCUGCUUUGAACUUGUUUCCACUAAAACCAUUAAAGGAACUAGAUGAGGACAAGGUCUUGGAAAUAAUUCGACCUUCAGUUAUUAAAGCUAGAACAUGUGGGCCCUGGUAAAUAAAAAGAAAAAAUCAAGAAAAAUGAGUAGAAUUUGAAAUCUUAUAAUUGAAGAAGAGAGGGCGCUUUUUUUGGUGGCCUCAAUUUUGUUCGGAAAAAUAAGAAGGCAUCACUGCCAGGAAUGAGCCACCAGAAGCCAUGGCCUGUAAGGGCCGUCUGCACCAGCACGAGUUUUCAAAUAAUCGGGAUAGUUUGCUGGAAUCUCGAGAUUGCAAUCCAAAGUCAGCCUAUGAAUAUUUGCAAAAUAGCGCGCUAUUUACAAAUUAUCCUGCUAAUUUGCAGGUGCGGACGCACUCAGGAUUAUUUAUUCACGGCGUCAGACCCUAAUUGCCCUUCUUGCAUUGGUAGAGAUGGGGUUUCUUGAAUCUCGAGAAAGGGCCAAUCGGGCGAAAGUCUUGGGAUUGAGCAAACUCUGAUUGGUGCAGCACCACCUUUAGUGACCUUUGGAUAUUGUACAACAAAUGAUCUGUAUUAAUCCACGAUACAGAUGCAUCCAAGAUACAGUAAUCCAGCAACAAUGCAGUGUUGGCACUUUCACACCUAUUAUCUUCACAAAAAUAUUUUAUUCCUAUCAGAUAAGAGGUCUUUCAUAAUUUUACCAGAUCUUCAGAAAUUAGGAAUUAACCUUGCCUGAAUCAAACUUGCAUAUUGAAUAAUCGCCUAUCUUAUUCUCGGAAUACCUUUAUGCUGUAUAUAUGUACACUGUAUGUUGAUUUUUUUAAACUCAAAGGUUUUUUUUCCAGUCCUUACACAUUCAACAUUAAUAGGCCAGGUUGAUAGUAUUUUGUUUAUGUGAAAGCAAAGUAAUCAAAUUUUCUGUAAAAGAAAAUGAUCACAAGAUUCAUGUACUGUAUAUACAUGUGUAGAGAUUUUAAAAAAUACCAGAGCUGUGCAAGGAUUCGCAAUAUGAAAACAAAAUUACAAGAAUUAUUAAUGUGAGGCAAAUAAUGUGCAUCAUUUGCUAUAGGAAUGCGAGUCCCAUUCUCAUAAUUCAUUAGUACUAUUGAACAACUACUGUACCAGAACUUUAGUUGUUUCUGGUAGAAUGCAGAAAAAUAAUGACCAGAUAUUUUGAGGCCUGAGCACGUUCUGGUAAUUUUCAAAUAUAUUUUAGUGAUCAGGUGGUUGCAAAAGCUUCUAGUUAUAGCCUUCAGCUGUCUCAUAUUAGUAUUGAUUUUACAUGCAUUGCAACCCGAGUUUGUUUGUUUUGUGAAUGACCACGUAAUGUGAGAGCCUGUGUGUAACAGCUGAUCUGGGGCCCCGUAACACAAAGCUUAGCAAUGAUCGUAAAACAUUUUUCUACGAUUGAUUCCAUUGACUACAAUGUACAAUCAAUCUUGAAAAUCAAGCGUACGAUCAAUCGCUAACCUUUGUGUUACGGGACCCAGAUCACACUGGAAGUGGGCAGGUGAUCGUGAAUUGUGCAAUUUUGUUUUAAUACAUGCAGGUCUAUAUAUUUUUAAUAUACAUUAUGUGAUUAGGAUGUGAAUCAACUCUCAUUUAUUAUGGCUCUAUUUUUAAUAUUGUAGAUGUAUUUAGACAUAUAUAUAAAGUAGCUUUAACAGUUAUUUUUUAACAUUUCAUUUGCUUUAAUAAAAAUUUAUACUAUUCCAUUAUACAAGUAUACAUCAAAGCAUUGCACUCAUACAUGUAUAUGUCUAUGUAGGUCUAUAUUGUCUCCCAUCUUAAAACAGAGCUGACUGCUUCAUGUUAGGCCCUAGAAGAAGGAAAAUGUGUCAGAAGCACCAAAUUAUUACAAUGUAGUAUUUAAGAAGGUAUUGUUGGCCUUUUCACAGUAUCAAAUUACAGGCUGUGGCUAGUAGUACAUGUACAAAAAAAUUGAUGGAAUUUGGCCAAAUUCUGUAUGCUUGUACAAUGGACAAGGUACUUGGCAGUGUAUGAAUUGAAUUCAACCUGUGUUUAUUUCUACUGAAAAUUUUGACCACUUGGCAGUAUGCUAUGUUGGUUGCCUGCCAAAAGCCUGUAUUUGCUUUAUUAAAUACAGGUUACAUGUACAUGAGCUUUUUUUUACUAAUAAUUUACAUAUUUGAUACAAUAUUCUUUGCAUAUUCAUUAAUGAAACAAUACAAUUUUAGAAAUAUAUGUUCAUUUCUUUUGUAUUUUCUAGUACAAAAACAUGUUUUUUAAUUUGAAAUAUUUGUUAUUCCUUCCAUAAUAGCAAAGAAGUAUGCUUAUCCCUUUUUCAAACUUGUUUCAAUAUGAUUCAUGCAAAUUCUACUUGUACAUGUAUAUUGAGUGUAAGAGUGUAAAUCAAAAUACCUAGUUCUUGACUUGCUUAAAAUGAGAUGGCAGAUAACAGUACAGUGACCGAAAUUGAGAGCAAAAUGUUUUAGUCGGCUCUAAUGAAAGUCAACCUAUCGCCUACAGUAUUUUAAUAUUUAUGUUGGAAUUGAGAUAUAUUCAUAUCUACUGGGCCUGUUUGUUCAGAAAUUCAGAACAUCCUCAACCUUGAGAUUGAUCUCAAGAUACAGUCUUUGAUUAAAGUUAUUAAAGUUUUAAAAUUGAUUUUAUCCAAAUCAAUAUCUGCAUUUCAUAUACAAUUAGAUGGUGUGAAAAAAAUUACCUUCUCUUUUCCUUUUUCUUGUUGGCACUUUACCAAGAUCCCUGAAAGGCCUUCAACUUGCAUGCCAUUCAUACCUGCUUUGCAUCAACGCAUAAAUGUUGUAUAUUUAAAUACAUGUAUUUAACAUUGCUGCUUUUGUGUUGACUGUUAUCCGGAAGGUAUUGUACAUUAAAAAAUAUUUUCAAUUUCUUGAGAAAAUGACAUUUCAUUGAUUUUUUAAUUCAGGAUACAUGAGAAGCUGCUUGUAAAGAGCGACAUUCCCCUUUAAAGAGUGAAAAACUUGCACUAAUACCCCUUUUCUUUCUUUAAGUGAUAAUGACUAAGUUCUUUAAUUCAUACUUGCUUUUGUAACAUCUUUAAAAAAAAAGAUUUGUACCAUCUUAAACAAAAACUUUUUGCUCAGUUCCUAUAUAGGUGUACCAUUCCUUUAUCUGAAAGUCUUUCUUUUUGCAGUUUGACAAUGUGUAGAGUUAUAUUCCUGUGCAAUUUUGAUUUCAUAUAUACUUGUUUACUUCUAAGUUGUGUUUGCCAAACACCCCUAGGCUACAAGUAGUGUGUACACUGUAAUAAAAAAUGUGUUGUAUUUUGGUGUCUCUAGAGAACCACACCUAUGAGACUGAACAUAAGAUUAAAGAUUGUUAAAGUAACAACCAAAGGUGUUGUAAUUAUACCUAUGUGUUUUGAACAAAGACUGAAUUUAACACCAAAGUAUGACUGAUUUUAGUCUUUUAUGCACAAAAGUUAAUAUUAAAGUUUUUCUUGCGAAAUCAAAUACGAGUUUCAUUUUAUUUUUUAAAAUCUUUAUUGGUCAUACUAUGUACAUGUAUAGUUAUGCACAUGUAUAGUGAAUAACAGAGUCUAAUGCAUUAAGCAAAUAGUGUGCAAGGCAUUUACCAUAGUCGAUUUUUAUUUGUUCAAUUUUUACAUCAAAAGCAUGAACGUGUUCCUAACAAAUUAUGAAAUAUAGCAUUUCAAGGUUAAUUGAAACAGUAAAUAUUUGCCAUGAGACAUGAAAUGUAAAACAUGAGGAGCCUAUGUGGAAUAAAAGACAAAGCUUGUAAAAAAAAGUAGGCUCCCAUUGGGGAAAACAUUUAAUUGUGAUUUGCAAUAUUUGUUUUAGGCUUUAUUUGUUUUUAGACGGUGUUGAAUACAAGCACUAUAAUUAUUUGGACAUUCAUUCAUGAUUGUAAUGCAGGAACUAGACAGGAAUAACCGUCGUUUC